AUGGGUGUGCGAGCACUAUUCCGGCCCAGAUCCAGGCGAACCGAAUGCAGAGAGCCUCCAAAUGCCUCUCGUGAGCUGCAAGAUUCUGAAGGAUCGGGCCAGCCUCAGAUAGAAGAGGGGGACAUGCUGCCACUGGAAAGACAGGUCAGAGAGGCGAUGAGGCCACAUCUGGCAACGUUGCAGGAGGCGAUCCUGCGUGAGCUCGAAGGCGCCAAAGAACGCCUGCAGGUGCCAAAGUCCCCUGCUUCGAAAUACAUGCGCUCCCAGACUGCAGCAGCGUGCACUGCUGAUGUUGCAUCAGAGCUGCCUGCUGAUUCGCAAUGCGACCUCAAGGCGGCGCAUCCAUCAACUCGCUAUCAAAGGCGGUGGACGACGUCCAUGGGUAUCGGGGGCUUUUUGGACCCGUCGCUCGAGGAUGUCGAGGCACCGCUUGAGGAUACUGACCUGGCAGAUCCGCUCGUGGAAGAAAUCAAGGAUGGCUCCAGCAGCGGUCACCGCAAACCGAGCCGCAUUACCUUUGAAGGGCUAGGGCAGCAAUCUGGAGACGAUCCAUCAGCGCCUGACACAAGCGAGGAGGAUAUGCCAAUGACGCGGCAAAGAACCGGCAGCGACACAUCCUCCGUGAAUUGGCGUGCAGAUGCUCUUGAUCUUGGCGAAUGCUUGGCAGCGGAGACAGCGGCGAAAAAGGGCAAGACCUCAGUCGACUCCAUCGUGGCUCUGGUGCAAGCCGAGAGGGAACGAUGGGAAGAGGAGAAAGAGGCCUUGGAAGCCAGCGUGGAGGAAUUCAAGGAGAAGCUACGAUCGCUGCAGGCGGCGCGCAGCCCCGAUGCAGAGAAGCAGGCCCUGAAGCGUGAGCACCAAGAGCUGCGAAAGGCAAUGAAAGCGCGCAGUCGCUUUGGCGCUUGGGUUUGCGAGCGACACAUGAAGGAAAGCGAGGACGAGGAGACAGAUGCAGAAAGAGAGGAGCUGCGCCGUCAGAUGUCGGAGCUCUUCGUCAGACUACGCGCCGCGAAGGCGGUUGUUGGCGCGGCUUCGAGUGAGUCAGAUGUUUCACCCAGGAGGUGCCCUGGACCGACGCUACGCCGCAGGUGA